CUACCCUUGCCAAGCCAACGCAAGCAACACACACAUCGUCUUCUCCUCUCACCGAGCCAGAGCUAUCACAUCUCGUCAUUCACAUCGCAUCCAAACGUACUUGCAAAGUUCGCUAGACCAAGCAAGCACCAAGCAUCUUCGCACGUACGUCCACUGGAAAUGGAAGCUACCGACAGCCUCCUCAUGGCCACCGAGCUCAGGCUGGGCCUCCCCGGCACCGACGACAAGCCACACAAGAUCACCUCGGUGAUGUCGCCGCCGGCGACUCCCAGAGGCAGGAAGCGCACCCUGGACGCCUUCGAGGCCACCGCCUCCGAUGAGGCCGACAGGUCCGACGACGUCGAGACCGCACCCCCCGUGGCCAAGGCACAAGUUGUCGGGUGGCCGCCGGUGAGGUCGUACCGGAAGAGCUGCUUCCAGGCGGCGGCGAGCAAGAGCAAGGCGAAGAAAGCAGACGAGGCCAGCAGCAACAACACGCCGUCCGCAGCGGCGCCGGCGAGCACCAACGGCUCCUUCGUCAAAGUGAGUAUGGACGGAGCGCCCUACCUAAGGAAGGUCGACAUGAGGAUGUACAAGGGCUACCGGGAGCUCAGGGAGGCCCUGGAGGCCAUGUUCGUCUGCUUCUCCGGGGCAGACGGCGGCGCUUCCAACGGCGGCGCGAACCCGGCCGAGUACGCCAUCACCUACGAGGACAAGGACGGCGACCUCAUGCUUGUCGGAGAUGUGCCCUUCGAUAUGUUCAGCGGCACAUGCAAGAAGUUGAGGAUCAUCAAGAGAUCCGAAGCCACAGGCCUGGGAUCCAAAUAAUGAAGAUCUGAGAAGCAAAGAUGAUAUCAUGGGCUCUUUUUUUUUUUUUUACGGCUUUUAUACUUUUUGUUCUUCGAUCUGGGUUCGAUCACCAAGCCAAAAGGGAUGAGCUUGGUGCAUCAGAGAGCACACAUGGAUGUGUGCCCUUUGUUUGGGUCCUUGAAGUAGGCCUUUUUAGAAGCACAAAGGAGAUGUGGAGAUUUGGGUUAAACUCUCCAUGUGUUUGUACAAACGAAACAGUUAUAUUGAUUGUUGAUCACUUAUCA